GGGGCUAUGGGCCGCAGUUGUGGGACUGGAGCCGGACCGCAGGGCUGCACCUAGGAGGAGGGAGAAGUCCUGGGAUAUUUGGAAAGAUAAAGGGCGAUGACCACCCCGGCGGGCUCCGGCACGGGCUUCGGCUCCGUGUCCUGGUGGGGCCUGUCCCCGGCGCUGGACCUGCAGGCUGAGAGUCCUCCUGUGGACCCGGACUCGCAGGCCAAUGCGGAGCACGGGACCCCCGAGCUAGAUGUGCUGCUACUGGGCUCCGUGGACGGGCGCCACCUGCUGCAAACCCUGGCCCGGGCGGCGCGCUGGCCACGCAGGAGGUUUCACUUCUACGUGCUGGAGAACAAUCUGGAAGCGGUGGCCCGGCACAUGCUGUUCUUCAGCCUGGCCCUGGAGGAUCCUGAGAAGAUGGGACUGCAAGAGAGGAGCGAGGCCUUCCUGGAGGUGUGGGGGAACGCGCUGCUGCGCCCCCCGGUGGCCGCCUUCGUGCGCGCCCAGGCCGACCGCCUGGCGCACCUGGUCCCGGAGCCCGACCGCCUGGCGGAGCAGCUGCCCUGGCUGAGCCUGCGCGCCCUGAAGUUCCGCGAGCGCGACGCCCUGGAGGCCGUGUUCCGCUUCUGGGCCGGCGGGGAGAAGGGGCCGGAGGCCUUCCCCAUGGGCCGCCUCUGGGACCUGCGGCUGCGCCACUACCUGGGCUCCCGCUACGACGCCCGGCGCGGAGUCAGCGACUGGGACCUGCACAUGAAGCUGCACGACCGCGGGGCCCGCGUCAUCCACACCAGCGAGUUCCGGCGCUGGAGGGACACGGGCGUCGCCUUUGAGCUCAGAGACCCCAGCGCCUACCAGAUGCCCAACCGGACUCUGGCGUCCGGUCGCCUCCUGAGCCACCGCGGGGAGCGCGUGGCAGCGCGAGGGUACUGGGGCGACAUCGCCACGGGGCCCUUCGUAGCCUUCGGCAUCGAAACGGAGGACCAGAGCCUCCUGCGGACCAGCAACGGGCAGCCGGUCAAGACGGCGGGCGACAUCACGCAGCACAAUGUGACGGAGCUGUUCCGCACCCUGGCCGCCUGGGGGCGCCCGAGCGCCGCCCAGGGAGACCCCCAGGAGGUGCCAGACGAGGCGAUUGGAACCGGGGAGCCCGCCCCUGGCCCGGCACCCUUCACCAUCCACUUCCUGCCCCUCGGCUCUGCCCAGACCCUCCACCACAAGAGCUGCUACAAGGGUCGGUUCCAGCUCCUCUAUGUGGCCUGUGGGAUGGUCCAUCUUCUCAGCCCUGAGCUCGGGGCCUGCGUGGCCCCUGGGGGACGCCUGGUUGUGGAAUUAGCCCGGUACCUGGUGGACGUGCGGCCGGAGCAGCUGCAGGGAUUCUCCGACCGGGUUGGGGAACUGGCUCAGGCAGCGGGGUUCGCCCCGCAGCCCGGGGCCGGGCCCUCGGAGACCUUCGCCCGCUUCUGCAAGUCCGGGGACUCAGCUCCCCGAGGCCCGGCGUUGGAACCCGGGACUCCGCCCCCUGCAGCCCUGGCCCCGCCUCCUGAUGUCCUGGCUCCGCCCCCUGAGGCCACAAACCCGCCCUCCGAAGGCCUGACCCAGCCCCUCCAAGGUCAAAGCCCCCCUGAACCCCUCAAACUGCCCUCAGAGUCUCAGGCUUCUCCACUCGAGGCUUUGGCCCCGCCCACAGGGGGUCAGAACCCCCAAACCAGAGAGUCUGAGGGGACCCUCAGAGACCACCCCCCCACCUAACUUCUCAAGUCGGGUCCUGGAGUUGGACCGGCCUCUGGGACAGUCAGUUACACCCUCCACAUUCUCGCUCAGCCCCAGAGGUGUUGCUCGAAUUUCAGACUCCAUUUCUGAGCUUCUAUACAGUGGGGCCUUGACUUACGAGCAUCCCGACUAACGAGUUUUUUGAGAUACCAGCUGUCUCUCGGCCGAUUUUUUGCAUUGAGUUGACAGAGUAAUUUGAGUUAACAAGCUCCUUAACGAGCUCGGUCUCCGAACGAAUGAAACUCGUAAGUCAAGGCCCCACUGUAUUCUGUCCCUAGGAUUCUAGAUGGUUCUCUCAGAGGUCCACACUCCACUCCCCAACACUCGAAUCGCAGCCGGGAGACCAGGCCCUGGGUCUCAGGUGCUCUGCGGGGUCCCCAGGUGUCCCCUGCCCGAGCGGGGGUUGGGGAUGUCUCCUCUCCGCGGCUGCUCAGCACCCACGUUCCAAAUAAAGUCAGCAGAGACUUC